CCAAAACUAGUCGAAAUGGAUAGAAAACCAAAUCCCGAACCCGGAACAACAAACGGUGAACCCAAAAUCCCCGCAAUCCAACAGAAUAUUGAAAGACAAUUCACGAGCAAAUGAACCCCAAAAUCCCCGCAAUCCAACAGAAGACUGCAAAUCAAUACCAAACCAGAGCUCCGGCGAGGUCAAUGAUGGACAGGAAUUGACAAAAAAAAGGGUCAGAUCUCCGACGACUUUGGAUGCUUUUCAGCUAGAUUCGUUAGAAACAGACAGUUCCAGCGAGGAGAUCACCGGAAAAACUGAAACCCACCUGAUUCUUAGCGAUUUCCGUCCACCUUUUUUUUUCGAUUCGACCCUUGUUUGUCUCUCUCUCGAUCUCAAACUAUUGCCUCUCUCCGAUUUCUCACUUUUUCUCGAUCUCACUGUUCUUGGCACCCAUUCCCGUGUGUGUGCUUGAGCAUGUGUAGUGCGUUUUCCGGUGACUGUCGGUAGCUACAGUGAUGAUCCCGAUCGAUUUCCGGUGAAGAAUUCACCGGAAAUAGUCAAACCCAACGCCUUUUCUCUCCUUCUCGAUCGAUUUCAGCUCUUUACUCCUUUCUCCCUCUCUCUCCGAUCUGUGUUUCCCUUCUAAAUCAACCCCAAUUUCAUUGUUGUGUGUGGAUGGCCAGUGAGUGGAGUGUGUGUUCGUGAGGGAGUAUGUCGUGAAGAAGAAAAAAAAAUGAAUUCUGGAACAAGAAAAAAUGGGUUCCUCUGCUUUUUUUUUUUUGGUUCCUGAUCCCCUGCCUUUUUUUCUUUUUUGUGAGAGUAUGUGGGUAUAUAUUGCGAGGGUGGGUAGUGGUGAGGUAGGGUAGGUGGGGUCACGUGGGGUAGGGGUAGGUGUGAUGUGUUUUAUUUUGAUGGGGUAGGUUGUUAGGAUAAGAUAGAAUUAGGUAGGAUAGGUUUUUUUAGAGAUUUUGUUAUUUUAUUAUUUAUUUAUUUUUUUGUAUUUUGUGAGGGUAUAAUAGCAUGGGUGAGGGUACACGGUAGGAUAAAAUAAGAAUGGGUAAAACCGACAUUGGGGAGGGACGAAAUUAGGUGUCUAUAGCGUUUACACUCCUAUGUCGGUUUCUACUGUUCUUAGUGUAAAUCAAGCUGAUCCUAUUGUUGAUGACUCUAUCUUCCGAAAAAUUGUUGGCAAGCUACAAUAUUUGUCCUUCACCAGACCUGACAUCGCUUUUACAGUAAAUAAACUCUCCCAGUUUAUGCAUUGUCCUCAAGCUAAUCAUUGGAAAGCUGUUAAGCGAUUGCUUCGAUAUCUUAAACAGACCUCCUCCUUUGGGCUUCAAAUAACUCGUAAGACUGAUAGUCGACUUAUGGUGUGCUCUGACUCUGAUUGGGCUGGUGACCCUGCAGUCAGAACUUCCACAACUGGAUAUGUUAUAUACCUUGAAAGUACGCCAGUCUCGUGGUCCUCCAAGAAGCAGCGAUCCGUCUCUCGGUCGUCCACCGAAGCUGAAUACCGAGCUGUAGCUGCUGCUCUUGCAGAAACAAACUGGAUCACCAACCUACUUCGUGCAACGCAAAGAAGUUGAAGUCAAGCACUUACAUGCUGCUGAUCAGGUUGCUGAUGUCCUAACCAAGCCACUUCCACAUGCUUCUUUCAGUCGUAUGUUUGACUAGUUGGGUAUUGUUGACGUCAACACCAACUUGCGGGGGCGUAAAAGAUAUAUAUGAGAAUAAUUUGUAAUUAUAUCAUUAGUUGUCUACUUGUACAGCUUUUAUUACUUUAGUAUCACUUUAGGAGUGUACUUAGUUGUUCUGUUACUUUAGCAUCAUGUCUACUUAGCUGUUGUAUUACUUUAGGUGCUUUACGAGUGUACUUAGUUGUUCUCUUACUUUAGCAUCAUGUGUACUUAGUUGUUGUAUUACUUUAGGUGCUUGUACAGCUGUAUUAGA